GGCCAGGCCGCCUGAGAGGGGCUGAGGCGAUCGUGGUCAGUGUGGGGGAGCCCCCGUUUUCGGGGCGGCAGCUCCCGCCCGUCCCUCGGCAGAGAGAUGGAAAAUCUGAUGGCUAGUUCAACCCUACCCCCACUGUUUGCCGACGAUGAUGGCUCCAAAGAGAGCAGCGAUAUGGCCACGACUGGGCUCUCCCACCCAGAGGCUCCGUACAGUGGAGGAGCCUCACAGUCUUCAAACAAUCCAGACUUUGUGGAGGACCUAACGCAAGUCCCAUUACUCCAAAAUGAGUCUUCAAAUACAGCAGAGAGUAGUGAACAGAGGCACGAGGAGGAGCAAAGAAAUAAACGGGGAGGUUGGUCCAAAGGAAGAAAGCGGAAGAAGCCACUCCGAGACAGCAAUGCUCCCAAAUCUCCCCUCACGGGAUAUGUGCGGUUCAUGAAUGAGCGACGGGAGCAGCUUCGAGCCAAGAGGCCCGAAGUCCCGUUUCCAGAAAUCACCCGGAUGCUGGGCAAUGAAUGGAGCAAACUCCCCCCUGAGGAGAAGCAGCGCUACCUCGACGAGGCCGACCGCGAUAAGGAGCGUUACAUGAAAGAGCUGGAGCAGUAUCAGAAGACCGAAGCCUACAAAGUCUUCAGCAGGAAAGCCCAGGACAGACAGAAAGGCAAACCCCACCGGCAAGAAGGAACCCGACAGGCUGCUCACGAGCAUGAGAAGGAAGUGGAGGUGAAGGAGAGAUCUGUUUUUGAUAUCCCGAUCUUCACAGAGGAGUUCCUGAACCACAGUAAAGCUCGGGAGGCGGAACUGCGGCAGCUGCGCAAGUCCAACAUGGAGUUUGAGGAGAGGAACGCCGCCCUGCAGAAGCACGUGGAGAGCAUGCGCACGGCGGUGGAGAAGCUGGAGGUGGAUGUGAUACAGGAGCGGAGCCGGAACACCGUGCUGCAGCAGCACCUGGAAACCUUGCGGCAGGCCCUCGCCAGCAGUUUCGCCGGUGUGCCCUUACCGGGCAGUGGAGAGACCCCCACAGUGGACACCAUUGAUUCAUACAUGAACAGAUUGCACAAUAUCAUUCUAGCUAAUCCCCAGGACAACGAGAACCUCAUAGCUACAGUCCGAGAGGUGGUGAACCGGCUUGAUCGCUAGUGACUGGCCCUGCAGCUCCAAGGUGCUCUACAAAGAACUCUGCCAGUGAGGAAGGAGAAGCCAUGAUGGAAAUAGACUGGGUGGGGCGGGAGGGGCAUCCGGCCCCACUGAGGGAUGCAUGUGGGUCGUUUACAGGGAGUGAACCGUUCACGCAUUAAACUCCACACCCCUGGAAGCCGUGGGAGCGACAUCGGGGGUGUCCGAACGUACGGCAAGCUCCCCUCUCAGUGAAGCCCGUAAGGUUCGAGUCUUAAGUUCCGUGUCAUUUCAGUUUUGGGUGAAGAGGAGCUGCACUUGAUCCGAGACUUGGAAGACACUGCAGAGAGUAAGCGGACUUCCCGCUCUGGUACUUUAGUUCAGGGAGACUGCAAUGGGUUCCUUCCCUCUUCCUCCCCGUGUUUUUUAGACUGCGGAAUGUUGUCUCCUCCACCCCGCAAAAGCCUACAUCUCUCCGUUUUCCGACCUCUGGGAUAUGCUGCUCAGCCCCAACUUUAAGGGGAGCUCUUCUCCGGUCUUGACAAAGUCUUUCUCAUCUCAGCCCCCCAACAAGUACUAACUGGGACUUGAAAAGCAGGUGCUUUCCACCAGCAGUUCCCUGUUCUUGGACCUACGCUGUGUCUCCUGGGGCUUUGUCAGAGCUGCACUUGAAGGAGAACAUGACCUUCUCCCCAACCCCUCGCAGCCAUUUUUUGAGGCAUCCUGCACGCACAUCAUGUCCCAUCCUCAGCCACGCUCCUCGGUCCCCAUCUGUUGAUUGCAUUUCACGAAACAUUUUUGCUGAGGAAAAAGUCCAUUGGUCAGGAAGGGGAACGGGAAAGGCUGACCCUUCUUGGUGUAGUUGAAAAGCGCAAAAGCUUGUUUUCAAGGGGAACUGAGGAAAUCAUUUUUCUGGGGUUUUGUUUUUUUUUUCUUGUUUCUUUCAAACUGCCCCAAUUCAUGGGAUAGAAUGGAAGACACCCUCUGGUUAUGAGAACUUACUCUGUUUCAAAACAGAUCCUCUUUAGCUGACAGGAAGUAGAAGGAAAGAAGCUGUUCUACCUCCUCUUCAAUCUGCAGUUUUUUACAAUUUGAACUUAAUGGGACAGUUUGCAUCUGAGCAGUGUUGGUUAGUUUAGCGAGGGGCGCUCCGGCUAGCAGGUAGGGCUGGUUAAGUGCUCACUUUGAGCUCUUCUUCUCCAUUUUUUAAUAAUAAUAUUGAAAUGAACACCAGGGCACAUUGAGGGGGAAUACCUCAAACAUCUUUUUGGGCUAAUCCUACAAAAACCUGGUACUGCAGAAAGUUCCUGCAUUUACAUAAACUCGUAAAAACCAGUUUGCGUGAGGGAGGGAGAUAAGACGUGGCCGGCCCGGGGUUUUACCACUGCCGAUCACACCCAGGGCCUCUCCAGCAGCGUCCUGGCCUCUCCACUGCCGCUCUCGGGACUCAGCUUGCCGUGUUCUCCAUCGCUGGUGGUGCCUGGACCUCUCUACCAGCGUUCUCAUGGUACCAGUUGCCUCACCACCAUGGCUCUGCCCCCGGCAUGCCCUCAAGGACAACAGCCCCCUGCCCAUCAUGCCCUGGACUUCCCCACCAGUUGGCUAUGUGACUUUUCCAGGUCCCUGCCGCCCUCCCGCCCAACCCCAGUCGUCUCUGCUGUCAGGGUCCUUCUCUGGCGGACCACCACGGCUGCCUCCCCAGGAUGCCACACCAGCCCUGCUCUGCGUUACCAAGGAACCCACAUGCCGACCCGCCUUCCACCACCCUGGCAGGGCAGAGCUAAACAGCCGCAGCCUGGCACCACCUCCACAAAACCACUGGAAAACUAGUGGCAGCUGCAGUCACGAUCACUGUGGCCCCAGUCGAGACUGUAGACUCUGAACCACGAGGACCUUGAAAUUCUGCUAUUCUAUCCCGGUACCCAGCCAGUCUUUGCUUUUGUCUUUUAUGUCAUCCUAGUGUUUUGUUUCAUCUCUCCUGAUGUCUCUGUCACCAGUCCCUUCAGGCCCCUUUUAUUUUUAGAUUGUGAGCCUCCCUUUGAGAGACAGAGACCAUGUCUUAUUCCCAUCUGCGCAUUCUUUCCCAGAGCUUAGCGUAGUGCUCCGCACAUAGUGAAUCCUUAACGAACACUUACUCCUAUGACUAGUUGUGGUAUUUAAGUGCUUACUAUGUGCCAACCUGUCUGCUGAGCGCUGGGAUAAAUACAAGGUAAUGAGG